AUGAAAGAAGAAGAGAAAAAAAAGAAGGAAGAAGAAGUGAAAGAAGAGCAGAAGAAGAAGAAAGAAAAACAAAAGGAAGAACUGAAAAAGAACAAGGAAGAAAAGAAGACACAAGACAAAUCUAUUAAAAAAGAACAGAAGAAGGAAGAAAAACUAAAGAAGGAAGAAGCAGAACUGAAAAAGAAGAAUGAUGUAAUUAUCAAGGAAGAAGAGAGGAAAAAGAAGAAGGAGGAAGAAAUGAAAGAAGAGCAGAAGAAGAAAAAAGAAAAACUAAAGAAGAAAGAACAACUGAAAAAGAACAAGGAAGAAAAGAAGGCACAAGACAAAUCUAUCAGAGAAGAACAGAAGAAGAAAGAAAAACAUAAGAAGGAAGAAGCAGAACUGAAAAAGAAAAAUGAUGUAAUUAUGUAG